CGUGCGGCGAUCGGCGGUGCGCUGUGUCCCUUGGACACAGCGGAUCACGGAAAGAGCCGAAGAUGUCGGCUUGGUUAUGUGAUCAACUGUGUCCAAUCACAGCUGAUCAAAUGGGACAUGUACACUGAUUAUCAGGGCACUGAUGAUCCGUGUGCCCUGAUGAUCAGUGUAGCCCCAGCAGUGCCACCUUGUCAGUGUCCAUCAGUGCCUUGUGUCAGUGCUCAUCAGUGCCACAUCAAUGCCACAUAUCGGUGCCUACCAGUGCACAUCAAUGCCACAUAUCAGUUCCCAUCUGAGCUGCCUUUCAGUGCCACCUAUCAGUGCCAGUCAGUGCCACAUAUCAGUGCCACGUAUCAGUGAUGCCUGUCAAUGCCCAUCAGUGCCACCUACCAGUGCCUCCUCAUCAGUG